CUUGUUGAUGACUGAAAAAGAGGAAACGUAUCUGCCCUAAUUUCUGUACUUUUGCAAGAGCGAAUUUCGCCUUUCGCCCUAAUUUCUGAUAAUUCUUUGAUUGUUUUAUCCCGAUUUCAGAGAUUACGGUUUGGACUCGAGCUUUGAUACUGUUUAAAAUCCUCUGGUUUUUUCUAGGGUUUCAUCUCUUGUUGUGGUACACGUGCAACGGAGGAUUUGUUUUGGUGUAUCACCAUUAAUUCAGGGUUUGGUGUUAGGUAUUUGUAUAUGAACAGGAAUUAGGGCUUUGAAUUGCGUCUCUGUAAAGGUUUUGGGGGACAAUAUUGCAAGGUUUGUGAAGUAGAAAAAAUUGGGGUCUUUGAAUGACUUGGUGCAAGGGAUUUGGAAUUUGAGAAAGGACCAUGGACUUUUCACGGUAAAGCUCCAGGGCUGUGGCUGUGUCAUUUCCAGAUCCGAUAAAAAUUAGGGUUUCCUGUACGGUUGGAGCUGUGUUCACAGAAUCCUGCGUAAAAAUCAAUUUUUUUUCCCACUGUUUCUCCGUAUUUUUGAGCAUCCAUGACGGUUCCUAUAGCUCUUUAUGCAAGCGCUCCUAGUAGUGUGUGCUCAACCCCCCAUCCAUGCCAAAUUAACAAUUCCCAUGCUUCUCAAGACUAUGAAUUAAACCCUAGACCAGCUUCCACUGCUCAAAAACCCUUAAUGGGGGGACUUUCUUGCCUCUUUUCUUCCCCUUCAGUUAAGCACGCAUCAAACCAUGCCUCUGAUGAGAUUGGUACGCUUUGGCAUGGCUGUGGCCCUUCAGAAAGGUGUGAAGAUUUGAGCAGCUCCUUUUGUUAUUCCUCCAUUAAUUCUUCACUUAAAGGUAGAGAACAGAGCCCUGUUUCUGUCUUCCAUGGUCCAGUAUCAUGUAGCAGUUCGGUAUCAAGAAGUCCCCCUGUUCGAAUGACCAGAGAUCGAACCAUGGAUUCACACUCCCAGGUUUCAUACCGAUACAAUAGAGAUGGGCUCUUUAAUAGCUUUGUGAGGAAUGCUUUGGGCUCGUCUUGCUUGGAUUAUGAUUCACCGAGCUUUCCAAUGCCCGGAAGUGGGUUCAGGCAAGAGGACUCGGAUGAGUUCACGUUUAGUAUGGAGGGAAAUUUCGUGGACACAGAGACGCUUAAAGAUGUUUCCUUGCAUAAUUUUGAACAGAAAAAACAGGCUAGAUACUUGGGUGGUUGGUCUCUUGAGCCUUAUGCACAAGAGAUUUUAGCUGGGGCACAAGCAAGACAUGGGAUUUUCUGUGAUGAAUUUAUUGUCAAGGCUUUUUGUGAAGCCGAGAAAGCACAUCGGGGGCAGAUGCGGGCAACAGGUGAUCCAUACUUGCAGCAUUGUGUGGAGACGGCGGUUUUGCUUGCAUCAAUUGGAGCUAACCGUACGGUUGUGGCAGCUGGGCUGCUGCAUGAUACGCUUGAUGACACCUUCUUGGACUAUGAAUAUAUAUUUCAGUCUUUUGGUGGUGGAGUUGCUGAUCUGGUUGAAGGGGUCUCCAAGCUGAGUCAGCUGAGUAAGCUGGCCCGUGAAAACAACACUGCCAGUAAAACUGUAGAGGCAGAUCGGCUACACACUAUGUUCCUUGCAAUGACAGAUGCUCGAGCUGUCCUCAUAAAACUGGCUGAUCGACUUCACAACAUGAUGACUUUGCGACCAUUGCCAUUCUCUAAGCAACAAAGAUUUGCUAAGGAAACUUUGGAAAUCUUUGCCCCAUUAGCCAAUCGCCUCGGGAUUUCGAGUUGGAAGGAGCAACUGGAAAACCUUUGCUUUAAGUAUCUAAACCCAGCCCAUCAUGAUGAGCUCUCCUCCAAACUUAUGAAGUCAUACAGGGAGGUGACGAUUGCUUCGGCGGUCAAGAAACUGGGAGGUGCUCUAAAAGAGGAGGCGAUUUCUUACCAUGUUCUGUCGGGAAGGCACAAGAGUUUAUACAGCAUCUACUCAAAGAUGUUAAAGAAGAAGCUGACUAUGGAUGAAAUUCACGACAUUCAUGGGCUGCGACUGAUUGUGGAAACUGAAGAAGAUUGCUUUGCUGCACUGCGCAUUGUCCAUCAGCUGUGGCCUCAAGUUCCUGACAAGCUGAAGGACUAUAUAACACACCCGAAGUUUAAUGGGUAUCGAUCUCUACACACAGUCGUGUUGGGUGAGGACAUGGCUCCUCUUGAAGUUCAGAUACGGACGCGAGAAAUGCAUUUGCAGGCAGAGUUUGGGUUUGCUGCUCAUUGGAGAUACAAGGAAGGUGAUUGUGAGCAUCCUUCCUUUGUGCUUCAAAUGGUGGAAUGGGCCAGAUGGGUUGUAACAUGGCAAUGUGAGACGAGCAAAGAUCGCUUCUCGUCUCUUGGGUCUGAUUCUAUUAGACCAUCCUGCCCUUUUCCUUCGCAUUCCAAGGAUUGCCCUCAUUCUUAUGUUCCUCGUGGAGAGCAAGAGGGGCCGGUUUUUGUAGUCAUUAUGGAGAAUGAUAAGAUGGCAGUGCAGGAGCUACCAGCUAAUAGCACAGUGAUGGAUCUCUUAGAGAGUGUGGGGAGAGGGAGCUUAACCCCUUAUAGGGUCCUCCCCAUGAAAGAGGAGCUCAGGCCAAGGCUCAAUAAUCGAGUGGUAAGCGACCCGGCUCGUCGGCUAAGAAUGGGAGACUUGGUCGAUCUCACACCUGCAAUUCCUGACAAAUCAUUGACCGAGUGUAGGGAAGAAAUCAGGAGGAUGUUUGCUAGGGAUCUCACAGUUUCAGGAAGGGGGGCAAUGGGUAGGAGUUGAGAACCCCUCUGACUCUCUGUCUCAAUGAUUGAAUCAUGUGAGUGUAUUUGGUGUUGGAUCAAUUGUUUGGUUGUGUAUAUAAAUAUUUGUACAGAAGUAUAUAAUCUAAUAUAUGAUAUAGCUCUGAGGAUUUGAUAUGGGGGAGCUGGGUGAUGGUGACUGAAUGGAUUUGCUCCCCUCGUCAAGUUGAUGGCUAAUUGGAUUAAAGUUCUCUCUGAUUUGAUGGCUUUGGAUCAAAGUUCCGUUUCUCUGAAUGGGCUCCUCCCAUUGGAUCCAAUGUGUGUGCCAUUGCACAAAUUUGGUUAUGGCUGUUGUAUUUGAUGUAUCAAAUGAACUGGUGAAUUUUAUACAAUGUCACAUUACAUAA